AUGAUCAAGGCCCAACUCGGCCGGUGGACGCCCCUCCAGCGCUUCGUCCCCCUGCGCCUGCGCUACGUCCUCGUCCCCGCCGUCCUCUGGCUCCUCGUCGGCCUGUUCUUCCUCGGUUCCCGCAACGGCGCUCUGCGGCGAGCGAGCUUGCAUCGUUUCUUCACGCCCCACGGCCAUGUCCAUCGCAUGCCCCCCUACAGAACCAUCCCCCGGCUCGUCGACCGCGUUCCGUGUCUCGGACCGAGGCGCCUCCCGCUCCACAACAGCACGGACGAUGAGCUGCGGCCGAGGGAGCUUCCUGGCGUUGCGUACCCCGCACCCUUCCUGGGCUCCCACCGCGCCCUCGGCGUCGACCAGACGUGGAUGACGGCCGACGACCGAUACGGACCCUAUGGCUUCGGCGAGGACAAGCCGACGUACGGACGCUCCGUCGUCGCCUGGGACGAGGUCGACUGGGCCGAUCUGCAGGACCGCUGCUCGGCCCGUAACGACUUUCGGUUCCCGACGGUGCCCCCGUCGGUCCGGCUCCGGGCCGACGCGAGGUUCGCGUGGAGGAACCGGACGACCAUCAAGCCGACGCCGAGCUGGGACGAGUUCAAGAGCACGCGACGGACGGCGCUCGUGAUGCGCACCUGGUCCAACUUCGACUACAAGCCCGAGAAUCUGUGGAACAUUCGCUCCCUCAUCGUCGAGGCGGCGCUCCGGACCGGCGGCGAGUAUGCCGUCGUGCUGCUCGUCCACGUCCAGGACCGUGAUCGUAACAUUUUCCAGUCGCGCGCCAGCUACGAUGCCGCCUUCGAGGCGGCCGCCAUCCCCCCCGAGCUGCAGUCCAUCGCCCUCCUCUGGGACGACCACCUGCUCGAGUCGUGGUACGAGAGUGUGAGCGAGCACAGAACCAUGUGGCAGGCCAACCAGCCGCUGCAGCUCUUCGCCCUGCACUACCCCGAGUUCGACCACUACUGGCAGCUGGAGCUCGACCAGCGCUUCCUCGGCGACGCCGGAAAGUACCUCGAUGCCGUCUCGGAUUUUGCCCGCAACGAGCCGCGCAAGCAGUCGCUCGAGAGGUCGACGUUCGCUUACAGCGACGACUUCCAGACGUCGUACGACGACCUCAUCAGGCAGGUCGACUCGGCCAACAAGGGCUCGUCGCGCACCUGGGGCCCCGUCCGGGUGUCCGAGAUCGACCCGAUCGGACCCGAACCGCCGGUGCCUCGGCCCGAGGACGACGACUUCUUCUGGGGCGUCGGCGAGGAGGCCGACGUCAUCGUGACGGGCGCGUGCGCCGACGUGAGGGGUUCCUCCUGGGUCUUUGCCCACUACAUCAAGGGCUUCUGGAAGGGCACGGCGACGCCGCGGUGGUGGUGCCCGCCGGCCGUGAUGCGAGCCAGCCGGCCGCUCCUCCUCGCCGUCCACCAGGCGCAGCACGAUCUCGGCCUCGAGCUCCCGAGCGAGGCGACGCUGCCGACGUGGGCCCUCUGGCACGGCCUCAAGCUGAGCCGGCCGCCGCAGCCGGCGUACAUGCGACCGCACGAGGCCGAGCGCAAGGACUUUGGCGACGACGACACGCGCGACCCCGCGCGCUGGCUGAACACGACGACGACCCCCUGGUUCGGGCACAACCCGGCGAACUCGACGGACGGCAUGUCGCACGCGAACCCGCAGAGCUUUGCCGACCGCGGCUUGACCUGGUGGUGGGUGUCGGAGUGGCCGCGAAAUAUCAUGGACGUCUGGCUCGCCGGCAGCACCGACGACGAGAAGAUGCCUGGCAUGCUGCAGGUGCGCGAUGGCAAGGUCUACGUGCCGAACCUUGCCAUGCACCCGGCCAAGACGUAG